CAGAUCCAAGGAAAUUCGGCCAAUUGUUACGCAGCACGACGUUGGGUAGGUAUAAAAGGGCUGAGCGGGUGAGUGCGUGUACUUCGAGACGACAGGUAUAAUUGGCAUCACACGGAAACUAAGCAUGGAGUUCUUGAAAGUCCUCGUGGUUUUGUUUGUAGUUUUGCACGGUUCGCUAUCCAAGCCAGUGAGUUCUGAGGAUGAACUACGUGACAUUGUCGGAGAAUUAGAGAGACUGGCAACAAGCUUAAGAAAGUAUGUAGUUGACGGUAGAAGGCCCGUGAAUUCCAUGAGCGGUAUCGGACUACUGAGCGGGUCUACGCCAGAAUUCCCUAUCCCCGGUACCAGACUACUCGGACCUUGGGGGCUCGAUAACGACGAACUUGACCCCUCAUCUCCAACAUACAAAUAUCUCCAUAAAAUGUUCGGAAAGCUUCUUAAGCCGUACUUCCGCAAUUUCCCAAAUGGACCAUAUUCAUUGGAGAUGCAGUUAACACCACGUAAUGUUGUCACAAUGCUGAAUGCAUGGUACAACAACGCUGACCAAAUGAUGACCAAAGAACAGACCUACUUUAGCGUUGCCAGAGAGCUCUUGGAUGCCCAUUUCCAGUGUGCAACGACAAGAAUCAACCAAAUGGUUUUCUAUGUUUUCAAGGACCAAGUACGUGCAAUGGCCGAGGAUGACUGGAAAAUUCACACUCGCGUGAGGAAAAUUUUGGGAAAUUGGAUAACGGAUAAAACCGUUGUUGACAAGGUCGCCAAGAAAAUUGUUAUGGCAGCGCAUAAACCUGCAUACGGGGACAUUAUGGAGCACAUUGAAUAUUUCCAACUUGAUGAUAUCGUGGAAUUCCUUGCAAAAAUGAAAAUGCUCAUGUGGAAAGCUGAGCAGGAAAAAUGGACACCAGUCGUGUUCGAUGAGAAACUGAAUCAACUUCUGACGGACUAUGACGCUGUCUUUCAGUGUCCAAGUGUGCAUAAUCUAUGGGAAUUCCACCGACAACUUGUUAGCCGUGUUCAACAGAGGUUAUCCGAAACCAAACCCUUCGCUGAGACGAAGGCUUGGUUAAAGAAAGUUCUACCCGAAUACAUGACUGCAGACGCCAUAACUGCCAUCCUACAAGUAUGCAAGAACUACGUUAACUCGGCCAUGCUGCACUUCGAACAAAUGGAGAACCACGUGACCAGCGGAAAUACGGUGGACAUCAAUUUCAUGUCCGAAUUUCUCGCACCACAUCAGCUCCAGUAUUUGCAGUCAGUCUUUGAAUUCCUCAAUACUGGUAAUAUCCGCGACAUCAUGGAAAUGGAACAAAUAAGGAACGAAAAUAUCGGUAACGGACGUUCCAGGGGUAGAUGUACAGAAUUCAACGGGGAAUGUAGAUGAGACGAACGCCUGAACCAUAUGAUGUAUGCGGUUUCGACAUGGGAUAUCCUAACCGUGUGAAGAGCUAUUCCUUACAAAUCAUUGACCCAUUGUAGUACUUUCAAAAACUUUGAUUUGAAAAAUAAAAGAUCAUACCAAA